AUCGUUAGACUCGUAUAGAACACCCCCGUUCCUUGUCUCUCUGUCUCUGCAAAGGAGUCCGGCAUGCUGUGCGAAAAUUUAAUCAAAGUCCAAACAUUCUCCUCCCCAUUUCCAGCAAGCCAAGAAGUUACAGACUUUAAUAGCGCAAUUUUCUGUGGUGCAAGGAGAGAUUCGAAGGCAGAGUGCUACGAUAGUGGCAAAAUGACUGAAGAUGACUACAUUUUUACUUCUGACAAACUACCUUCUGACCCCCGCUAUAUGGCAACUGUUAGCAAUGGCUUUGUGGGUACCAGAGUUUUUGAUGAGCUCAUCCAUGUGAAUGGAGUAUAUAAUGGUGGUCUGGGAGACUGUCACCGUGCAAACAUACCUUCCCCACUCGCUGUGAGAAUAAAUAUGAAUGAGAUCUCCCAGGAGGACCUAAAACACAGCUACACCCUUGACACCCAUGCAGGUUGGUUCACUCACACAUUGUCUUCGGAUGAUGUCAUUGUUACUCAGAAAAUCCUAGCACAUCGUGUGCACUUGAAUUUGCUUGUGAUGGAGAUCAUUAUGGAGAGGAAACAGACUCCUGGCCCUUCAGUUAAUGUGCAGCUUUUGAACUCAUUUUCUCCACAAAGCCAGGAUAUCGCUUUCACAGAUGGACCUGACUUCCAAGAUGCAAGGUACAUUUAUGGCCAGAUACUAAUCCGUGAAGUGAAAGAUGCCCCGAAACCAAGCAUCCACUUAAUCUGGACUCCUGUUACCACAAGCCUAACUCUGCCUGCAGGGAAGACGAGUGCUAGCUGGGUGUUUCUAACAGCAGUGGCAGAAACAGCAGACCAAGCAAAAGACAGCUAUUCUAAUGGACUGGCUCUGGUUGCCAGUGGCAAACUGUGCUCUUCUCACAAGUGUGCUUGGGCAGAACUUUGGUCACUUUGUGGUAUAAGAGUAGGAGGUCCUCUUGCUUUAAACCAGGCCCUAAUUGGCUGUGUCUACUACCUGCUCAGUGCACUUCCACCUUUACAAGUAGAAGGCUUCCUAUUUAAUGGCAUUAGCCCAGGUGGGCUUAGUAAUGGUAAAAAGGGAGAGGACUACUGGGGACAUGUCUUCUGGGAUCAGGAUGUAUGGAUAUAUCCCAAUGUCCUCCUCCUCCUUCCGGCCAUGGCACAUGCCAUUCUGAGUUACAGGAUUCACACUCUAAAAGGAGCAAAAAAAAAUGCUUUGAAUCAAGGAUAUAAGGGUGUCAAGUUUGCAUGGGAGAGUGCUUUAACUGGUGAGGAGAUGUGUCCAGAAGAAAUAUAUGGCCAGAAGGAGAUUCACAUCAAUGGAGAUGUCUGCUUUGCCUUUCAGCAGUAUCUAUAUGCAACAGGGGAUUUGUCUCUUUUUCGUGAAGAAGGAGGAUGGCCCCUGGUGCAGGGCAUUGCAGAAUACUGGGUCAGUCGAGUGACAUGGAACACAGAGCAUGGAUGGUAUGAGAUUAAAGGUGUGAUGCCCCCUGAUGAGUACCAUGUUGAUGUGGAUAACUCUGUGUAUACCAAUGUUGUGGCUAAAUACAGUCUCGAAUUUGCAGUUGAACUGGCACAACUCUUACAGAUUGAAGUUCCUGAAGAAUGGCAGGAAGUUGGCAGCAAAAUCAAAGUGCCUUUUGAUCCAGAUGAGCAGUACCAUCCAGAGUUUGAUGGAUUUCAAAAAGGGGAAACAGUUAAACAGGCUGAUGUUGUGCUACUUGGAUUUCCCCUGGGAUAUCCUAUGAGUGAAGAUGUCAGAAGGAAUGACCUGGAGUUCUAUGAGCCCUUGACUGAUCAAGGUGGCCCUUCCAUGACCUGGGGAAUGUUUGCUGUGGGCUGGAUGGAACUCAAACAAAAGGCUCGUGCUCAGGCCCAUUUAAUGAAAUGUUUCAACAAUAUUCAAGAACCUUACAAAGUAUGGAGUGAAUAUUCUGAUGGAACUGGAGCUGUUAACUUUCUUACUGGGAUGGGAGGCUUUCUCCAGGCUGUUCUGUUUGGAUACACUGGUUUCAGGAUAAAAAAGGAAAGCCUGAAUUUUGACCCCGCAUUUCCAGAAGAUAUUACAGAUUUUAGUAUCACAGGAGUAUGCUACCUUGGCAACAAGCUUAACUUCACUUUCAAAAGAGAUAAAAUGACCAUCAUCUUAGAUAAGAUGCUUUGUCUUCAGCAUUACAAUUUGGAGGUGGCUCUUGUUAAGUCAGGAGAGACUUAUCCUCUGAACCUGGGUAAACAGCUGUCCAUCCCUAUUCAGCCUGGCAGGAUUCAAAAGCGAGUUAACAACUGCUGGCCUCUUUGAUUUCAUUAAAAGGGAUAUACAGUACAGUAUAAUAUGCAUAAAAACAAUUAAAUACAGACUCCAAAUAACAGUAAGCUAGAAGAAGUUGAAUUAUGUUUUCAUACAUCUGUGCUACGUAAAAUCUAUAUGUACUGUAUGGCGAAUGCCAAUAUUUAAACUAAACUGCUCAAAAAAAUUAAAGGAACACUUUGAAAACACAUCAGAUCUCAAUGGGAAAAAAAUCAUGCUGGAUAUCUGUACUGAUAUGGACUGGGUAAUGUGUUAGGAACGAAAGGAUGCCACAUCAUUUGAUGGAAAUGAAAAUCAUCAACCUACAGAGGGCUGAAUUCAAAGACACCCCAAAAAUCAAAGUGAAAAAAUGAUGCAGCAGGGUAGUCCAUUUUGCUGAAAUUUCAUUGCAUCAACUCAAAAUCAUACUCAGUAGUAUGUAUGGCCCUCAUGUGCUUGUAUGUAUGCCUGACAACGGGGGUUUUAGGCAUGCUCCUAAUGAGAUGACAGAUGGUGUCCUGGGGGAUCUCCUCCUAGAUCUGGACCAGGGCAUCACCGAGCUCCAGGACAGUCUGAGGUGCAACCUGGCAGUGCCGGAUGGACCAAAACAUAAUGUCCCAGAGGUGUUGUAUUGGAUGUAGGUCAGGUGAGCGUGGGGACCAGUCUAUGGUAUCAAUUCCUUCAUCUUCCAGGAACUGCCUGCAUACUCUCGCCACAUGAGGUUGGGCAUUGUUGUGCAACCAGGAGGAACCCAGGACCCACUGCACCAGCAUAGGGUCUGACAGUGGGUCCAAGGAUUUCAUCCCGAUACCUAAUGGCAGUCAAGGUGCCGUUGUCUAGCCUGUAGAUGUCUGUGUGUUUCUCCAUGGAUAUGCCUCCCCAGACCAUCACUGACCCACCACCAAACCGGUCAUGCUGAACGAUGUUACAGGCAACGUAACGUUCUCCACGGCUUCUCCAGACCCUUUCACGUCUGUCACAUGUGCUCAGGGUGAACCUGCUCUCAUCUGUGAAAACCACAGGGCGCCAGUGCUGGAUGUGUCAAUUCUGAUAUUCUAUGGCAAAUGCCAAUUGAGCUCCAUGGGGCCGGGCAGUGAAAACAGGGCCCACUAGAGGACGUCGGGCCCUCAGGCCAUCCCUCAUGAAAUUUGUUUUGGGGGUCGUCUCAUUGUUGCCGCUCUAGUGCACCUGUUAUUAAUUUCAUUAACACCAAAGCAGCUGAAACUGAUUAACAAGUAGCUCUGAGGCUAGGGAUCUGCACUGGUAAUCGGAAGGCUGCCGGUUCAAAUCCCGAAAAUGCCAAAAGGGACUCUGCUCUGUUGGGCCCUUGAGCAAAGCCCUUAACCUGCAAUUGCUAAGCGCUUUGAGUUGUGAGAAAAGCGCUAUAUAAAUGCAAAGAAUUAUUAACAACUCACUCUGCUACUUAACUGAUCAGAUCAAUAUCCCAGAAGUUUCAUUGACUUGAUGCUAUACUCGGAUUAAAAAGUGUUCCUUUAAUUUCACUGCACAACAAUGUUUUGCUUCCAGAAAAGUUUUUGCUAAUUGUGACCUACUGGGUAUGCACAAAUAUAGUUUGUUUUACUGCUUCACGUAGAAACUCUGAGAAAUAGACAUUUAUAUGUUUACUGACAAUAACGUAUGUUUAUGUUUCGCUUAAGCUAUUAAAUUCAACAGAAUUAAGUGUUUUGCUCCUGAUUUUCUUUUGUAUUCAAUGUCUGGCGCAUCACGUUGCAGUGUCCAACACUAGUCAGCAAGCAUUGACGGAUUCCAGUUGCCCUGGUAUCGUUUCACCAUUGUAGCAAUGUCCUGGUGAAACCUUUCACCGUGUUCAUCACUGACAGCACCGAGAUUUGUGGGAAAGAAGUCCAAGUGUGAGUAGAGGAAAUGUUGCACUUCAUUGUCUUGUAUGCUUUGAGAAGUUUGUCUACCAGCUGAAUGUAGUUUGGGGCUCUGUAAUUGCCCAGAAAAUUGUCAACAACGUCUUUGAAAGCUUUCCAGGCAAGUUUUUCCGGCCCAACUAACAGAUCUUCAAACCGCUUGUCACUCAUAACUUGUCUGAUCUGGGGGCCAACAAAAAUUCCCUCUUUGAUUUUGGUGUUAGUUAUUCUUGGGAACAUCUGUCUUACAUAACGAAAACCUUCACCUUCCUUGUUCAGUGCUUUCACAAAAUUCUUCAUGAGUCCCAGUUUUAUGUGAAGAGGAGGCAAAUAUAUCUUUGCCGGGUUGACCUGCGAUUCAUGUGCCACAUUUUUCUGUCCUGGAACUAACUAUUUACGGAGUGGCCAGUUCUGUCGAGAAUACUGUGACUCUUUGGCACGGCUGUCCCAUUCACAGAUGAAACCACAGUACUUUGUAUAGCCGAGCUGCAGUCCUAGUAACAGCAACGACUUUAAGAUCUCCACAGAUAUUCCAGUUGUACCUGCUAUACUGGACGUGCUUCAGCAACAGUUCCAUAUUCUCAUAAUGUUUCUUUCAUGUGUGCUGCAUAGCCAACAGGUACUGAAUGAUAAAUGUUGCCAUUGUGUAGCAGAACAGCUUUCAGGCUUAACAUUGACAAAUCAAUGAAGAGACGCCACUCUUCCGGGUUGUGGUCAUAACCCAAGGCCGAGAACAAUCCUUCAAAGUCACAACAGAACCAGAGACUGUCGACUUGUGCAAAAAAUUUGGUUAUAUUAUGAUGUCGGCCUCGAAACACAGAAAUUUUCAUACCUGGUGACAGCAAACACCAUUCCUGCAGUUUCGAACCCAGCAGUUCGGCUUUUGCUUUUGACGGACCCAAAUCUCUGACCAAAUCGUUCAAUUUGGACUGUGUUACCAGAUGUGGAUCGCCUGAUGAGCACAGUUCAAAAUCCGGGUCAAUGUCACUGUCAGUACCCUGCAUUGCAGUUUCUUCAUCUGGUUCGUCUAAGAUCCAAUCCUCUGGUGGUUUCGGAAUUGGAAGACUGUCGUCAUGUGGCACGGGUCUCAUUGCUGAAGGCAGAUUAGGAUAUUCAAUUGACGUCUUGUUUUUGGCAGAGAAACCAGACACAUUAGUCAAACAGAAGUAACAGUCCGUCACAUGGUCUUUCUGUUCUCGCCAUAUCAUUAGAACAACAAACGGCAUCGUCUUUCGAGUGCCUCUGAGCCAGGCUCUCAGACUGACAGCACAUGUCGCACAGCAAAUGUGAGGCGCCCAUUCCUUGUCUUGAUCACCAAUUUUGCAGCCGAAAUACAGAUGAUAAGCCUUCUUCACAAGAGCAGUCAUCCAACAUCUGAGGCGCAAGUGUAUAUUUGCCACAGAUAGAGCAGAAUGUAUCGCAGCUGUUACGACAUUGACGAGACAAAACAUCUAUAGCAUCAAGCUUACUUACUGUUAUAUUGGUACAGAUACUUUACUGUGCUGAUACUAUACAUACACACGGACUAUCUAUAUUCACCAAAUGAGCAUCUUCAGUGUAUGCAAGCCACCUUUAUAGCAUGCUGAGACAGCGUCAAGUUCGUUCAGACCUGCCCAGGAUGUCAACUUCCACAGAACAGCUCCCAACCUGGCCUGAUUCCAUGCCUGGACAUGCCCAGGCUGCACAAACUAUUGUUGAUAAGUCACUUACGGGAGCGAAAAUGUUUGGAUACAAAUAUAAGAAAAAAUCAUGACAAAACUGAAGAUUUCUCUGAAAUGGUACGUGAUUGGGUAAAUUUUGAUGUGAUAUUCGUGAUCAGCACCCAAAAAUCUAUAAGAAACACCCAACAGCGUUCAAGAAGCAAAAACUUUGUUGUGCAGUGUUUUUUGAGCAGUAUAUUAUGUUUUAAUAUGCCAAACAUUGUACUUUUUCACAACAGCUUGUGUUGACUUUUUGCAAGAAAUAAAUCUAAUCAAUUUAAUACA